AUGCGACCAUUUUACGUUACCUGUAGCAUCAUCUUACUGCUCUUCUUUGCCCUUCUAUGCGACGGAUACGCUAUUGACAACAAGAACAGCUCUCUGCUACAAGAGAGAUCCAACAUGGAUAUAAAAAAGGAUUGCGCUGAAGUGACAACGACGACAACGCCCCACACAAGAGCAACCACGACUACCACGGCCCCCACUAAAACUCACUCAAAUGCCAGCUCAAAGAGCGAGACGUGCUGCCAUCCCAAGAACAACACCAAAUGCUGCAAAGAAGAUAAAAAGCCACUGUUUGAACCACAGGUCAUUGCAGCAGGCGUGUUGUUGAUCAUUGCGGGCACUUAUCUACUGGUGUACGGAUUCCCCAUGUUUAGAAUUACGAUGGCAGUGAUCGGAUUCAUCUUUGGAGGUGCUGUUACGUGGAUUGGUCUUCAAGCAUGCGAGCCUACAGAGAGCUAUCCAAAUGCAUCUGAUCUCUAUAUUGGCACAUGUGUAGGCGUUGCUGUGGCGGCAGCUAUUAUCUGUGUUGUUCUGUACAAGGCGGGUUUGUAUCUACUGUGCGGCAUGGCAGGCGUGCUGUUGGCCAUCUACAUUUGCUGCUGGCAGGCCGACUUUUUUCUGCAAAACAUCUUUCAUCGUACCCUGUUUACGCUCUCCUUUGUGGUGGCGUUUAUCCUCGGCCUGAUCUUUAUGGAAUUUGCAACCGUGAUUCUAUCCAUGGCAGUGGUGGGCGUAUACAUGCUGGCACUGGGCAUUGAUUUAUUUGUAAGGACAGGGCUGGUAAAGGGUUUGGAAGUGUUAUUGGAUUUCAAUCCUGAGCGCAAUGCCAACAGCAAGUACCAUCUCAACAGGAUAAGUCUUGGAAAGCGAAGUGCGCCUGGUGAUUACAACCCUGAUUGGAAGACACAUGUUACCAUGGGCUGUAUGAUUGCUGUGAUUUGGGCUUCGCAUCAUUAA